UUUCUUCUGGAACCAUGACAGCGUCAUGCCUUUCUCACUGCCUGAUGCAUGAGAUUCUUGGGCUUCUGACCCGCUGUCGUGACUGUGGGUGUGUUUUUAGGGUCAAUGCAGCUGUUUCGUCACCUAAAAGAGCAACAAAUGUUAGACUAACAUUUUGUUGUUGGUUGGGGACAGGUAAAAAAGAGAGUGCUGUGGAUAAGGGCAAAGAGAUUCCUGCCCCGGGCUAUGAUUCCUCAUAUCAACCCAAGGAGGCAGCAGGGAAGAACUGAAGACAGCAGCGAUGAGCUGAUUCUCUCUGCCUUCCAGAAGGAGAUGUCUCUCACCAUUAAGCAGAGGCUGGCCAGCACUAAGAACCUGAAUCUGCCUCAGAUUGUCCAGCCUCAACACAAGCAUGAGAUGUCCCAUCACCAGUUCUCAGCAGCUGGCCUGGAUCACAGCUCACUUCAGCCUUGCCCAUCAGAGGUGGUGUUUCAGAAUUACACCCCUGGUGAGCUCUAUGAAGUACCAGUGGUUCUGAGGAACAGGGACAAGGUUCCUCAUCUGGUGAAAGUCACCUUGGAGAGCUCACCUUAUUUCCAGCUGGAAAUCCCCAGUGAUGCUUCCCGCAAGGUGCCACCAGGCCUCUCCAUGACCGUCCGCAUCCUCUUCACCCCUGGGCAGAACAAGGAUUAUUUCCACCAGCUCCUCUGCAUCACUGACAGGGAAGAGUUCAUUGUGCCAAUUCGUGCCAUCGGUGCCCGAGCCAUCCUGGACUUCCCUGGCCAGCUGGAGUUCUGGCAGUGCCCGGUCAAGUACAGCACCGAGAAAACUCUGCUGGUUCGAAACCUCGGUAACUGGGCAGCUCAUUACCAGCUGAGCACCCAGAGCCCUUUCUCUGUCACUCCGGCCAUGGGAACUCUGGGUAUUGGUGACAGCAUGCAGGUGACAGUGGAAUUUCAGCCACAGAAGACUGGUGACCAUUCUGCAUCCCUUGCAGUGCACUAUGACACAGGUGAAGACACCCACACAAGCCUUCAUGGAAGAGCUGUGGAUGUGCACAUCAGGCUGGACAGGAACGCUGUGACAUUUGGGAAGACGUACAUCACACGGUCAAACCGUGCAAUUGUGCACAUCCACAACCUGAGUAAUAUCACAGCCUGCUUCCAGUGGAAGGCUGCUGAUACUCAAGAACAGGAGGAUCAGCUGAAGCUGAGGCAGUAUCCCAGGCUGUGUCAGCAGGAAAAGGACAAGUUGUCUGAUUUUCUGAAGAAGUGCAGAGUGGACAUCACUCGCCGGGAACAUUCUGCUCUUCUCACCCGCACCCUCCAGAGGGUGAGGGCAAAGUUGCAAGAAGACCCCAUGCUGUUCUAUGAUGACAUUUUCUGCCUUGAGCCAAAGGAGGGAGAGAUCUGGCCAAAAUGUUCAACUGAAAUCAGUGUGUUCUUUAAGCCCCAAGAAGCCCGGCUCUAUAAGCAAGCAGUUUACUGUGACAUCUCAGGCCGUGAGACCAGGCUGCCCCUGCUCCUCAUAGGGGAAGGUAUUGGGCCACAGCUCCACUUCAACCCUGAGGAACUGAACAUUGGGAAGGUUUUUUUCAGAGCAGCGCACAGAUAUGAGGUGAUCCUGUUGAACAGUGGGCCUCUUGAGGCUCCCUUCAGCCUCAUCCCUCCAACUACAGCCAUGGGCUCCUGCUUCACCUUCAUGCCCCAGGAGGGUGUUGUGGCACCAGACAGACUCAAGAUCAUCCAGAUCUCCUUCUGUCCCACCAUCCUGGGCCAGUUUCAGGAAGAAUUCUGCUUCCAUGUCACUGAGUCCCCUAAGCCUGUCACCUUGACUAUCAGGGGCUGUGUCAUGGGACCGACUUUCCAUUUCGAUGUGCCCGCCCUCCACUUUGGUGAUGUCUCCUUUGGUUUUCCUUGCACCUUGAGGUGCUGCCUGUCUAACACCUCCCUGGCACCCAUGGCCUUCAACCUCCGCAUUCCUGAGGAUGGCUUGGGAGAGCCCAGCAUUUGCAGCUCUGUUCAGAUACUCAAAAUCAAUCACCCAUCCUGGAGGAAGGGAGCUCGAGGUUUUAUGAAGCCAAGGGAAUUUAAAAUAAGUCCCUGCAGAGGGACUGUCCGUGCCCUGGGAUCCCAGGAUAUCGAGGUCACUCUGUGUUCCAACACUGUCAGAGAGUACGAGCUGGAGCUGGUGGUGGACGUGGAUGGUGUUGGCAAGAAGUUGCUGGCAAUGCCCCUCACAGCCAGAUGCAUCGUUCCUGCACUGCGAGUGCUCACCCCUGUGGUGGCAUUUGGGUGCUGCUCUCUGAAGUUCCCCUACAAGGAGAAGCUGACCCUUGUGAACGACAGCGACUUUCCUGGCUGCUACCAUGUUCUCUCUCAGGAACACAAGGAGGAGGCCACUGCAUGGUUCUCCAGCUCUAUGCCAUCUGGGAUUAUCGAGGCUCACAGCUCAGUGGAGAUCCCAAUUACACUUGAGGCCCAGCAGCUGGGAGAGUGCAACAUCACUGCUGAGGUCUCUGUGUUUGGGAGAGAAGGAUCCCCACUGGAAAUCCAUUUACAGUGCAUUGGCCAGGGACCACUUGUGUAUGUCCAUCCGAGGGAGAUAAACUUUGGUGCUAUCCAAGUCUUACAAGAUAGUUCCAAAAUUCUCCAGCUCUUCAAUCAGACUGUCAUUCCUGCACCCUUCUGGGUAGAGAUGGGUGGGAAACGCUCACCCUGGAGGAUUGAACCCAGUAAAGGAGUGGUCCCCCCUGCAUCUGAGGUGUCUGUGAUUGUCACAGCAAACCUGCAUGACACAAAGAAAUUCCAGAACAAGGUGAAGGUGUUCAUUGAGAACAGCCAUACAACCACCAUCUCUCUCCAGGCUGAGGGUAUUGGCACCACAAUUGUCACUGACAAACCUCUUGCUCCAAAGCUUGACUUGAAGCCCCACUUCAGCUUCACUCCCUGCCGUUACCAGUUCAGAAUGACAAACGAAGGUCGCCGCAUCCAUCGGCUGUUCUGGACCACAGAAGGUUUCAGCAUCUCUGGGCGCAGUACUCGUCCCCCUGCCCUCAGUGGCACCAAGAAUAAAGGUGCUUCCCAGAGCCCCAGACCUUGCAGCCCAGUGUUUAAGCUGCAGCCACGGAUGGUGGACCUGAGGCCAGGCCAGACUGUGGAGAUGGUGCUGGAAGGCUGCUCCAGCACUGCCCAGGAGGUGAAGGAGAGGCUGCUGUGUUAUGCUUUUGUGGGGAAAGAGACAGCAAAGAAACAGAUCAUGCAAGUGGAUGUCACCUGCAAGUUCAUUUUGCCUGCUGUGCAAAUGUCUGCCAGAACAAUCACUUUCCAUGUAGAAAAGAAACCCAGUGAUGUCCUGAUGCUGCAGUACCAGCCUUUGUCUUUAAAGAACAUCUGCUCCCUGCCGUUCAGCAUUGUGCUGGACUUGGAGCAGCCAUUCCAAAUCUGCAAUGUGGAUCGGCAGCCCCUCCCUGCAGGUUCCAAGCCCGUGGUGCUGGAUGUAGGGGAGGAACUUCAUCUCUGCAUCCAGUUUAACCCAGCUUAUGAGAAGGGUUUGAACAGCUGGGUGGCAGAGAGGGUGCUCAGGAUGCACUUCCUGGAGCAUCCUCAUGAGGAGCAGAUCACUGUUCGGGGAGAAGUCUUCUUCCCAAAUCUCCACUUCCAGACCAAGGCUGUGGACUUUGGCUGCAUCAUAAAUCACACUGAACAAGAACUGCAUAUGGAGAUGACCAACUGUGGCCCAAUUCCUGCCCAGUACCACUGGUCAUUCCUGACAGACAGACAGGUGAACACCAUAAGGUUCAGGCCUUCACCACCUACAUUCAAACCCCAGUCAUCAAAGAAGGAAGGAGUGCUUCCAAGGAAACAUUCCAAGACUGAAGGUGUGGAGAAGCCAACCAAAGCCCUGGAAGCAAUGCAGGAUUCUGCCCAGGAGGAUCCUGCCCAGCAGCCAGCAGAUGCAGAGGCACUGUCAUCCACUGCUGUGAAGCCUCGGAGGCCGGUGAGGAGGAGGGGAUUGGGUCGAGUCUCAGAGGUGAAGCAGCCCAACCCUCGCAUGCAGGAGGUUUUUGAUGUCCACCCACUGUGGGGUGAGCUGGAGCCAGGAGAGAGCCAGCUGGUCACCUUCACCUUCUUUGGGCACCCCAACAUCGUCGCCCGUGUCGCGGCGCUGUGCCACGUGGAGGGAGGCCCCACCUACGAGGUGGUGGUGACUGGGGAGGCUUCGUGCCCCAGCUACCAGCUGGAUGUGGAGGAGAUUGACUGGGGGCUGCAGGUGUUUAACAAAGUCCUCAAAGCAGAGGUCACCCUGCGGAACACUGGGGUUAUUGAAUUCACCUACGUGGUGCCAGGCUCCAGCACUGGCACUGCAGCAAAGCCUCUGCCUGGUGUGCCCCUGGUCCUGCCCACCACAGGUUCUCUUGCACCUGGCAGAAAGCAAGUGUUGAAAGUCUAUUAUCUGCCAGGAAAGCUAGGAGUCUUCUGCAGGAAUUUCCAGGUUCAAGUGGCUUAUCUGGAACCAGCAGAAGUUCACCUGAAAGGAGAGGGGACCUCCCCUAGGAUUACCAUGGACCUACCCUGCAUGUUGAAAGGAAAUGAAAAAUAUGAGAGGAUACAGAAAAAGAGAAGACAAAACAUGGGAGUACACAUAAAGGGCGGUACACCGUCUUUUCCAUCGGACAUUGCGGACUGGGAGGAGAUACUGCAGGAGGAAGAAGAAAACCAGGAGGAAGAAGAAAGGCAGAGCAAUGAAUCAUCUUAUCUGCAGUCAUCUGCAGUCAAGGGGUCAUCCAUGGGGUCAUCCAUGAAGUCAUCCAUGAAGUUAUCCAUGAAGUCACUGAUGGACUCACCUCCUGAGUCAUCUCUGGAGUCAUCCAAGGACGAGUCUGUCACCACUGUAAGAACAGCUGCUCCCCCAUUUGGCAGAUCCCAGCUUUUCCAUGUCACUCGAGCCCCUUGCACCCCACAGCAGCUUUCUGGUGCCCUGAUGGCACUUGUGCCCUCCCUGCCCAUACCUGGCCAUGACCAUGUGUCUGCUCAGUGUUGCCCCAUCCCUCUGGUCAUGAUCCCUCAUGGAGAUGACCAUCUUUCUGGCUACCCCAGGGAGGGAUCCUGAAGGCUGUGCUCAAGGGAUGGGAGGAGAUGCAGGAGGUUUACAGGCCUUAACAGCAGCAGCUUGACUGUGCCCUGGGAUUGUGCUGGCAGUGCUUUUUUCCAAACUGCUUUGGCACUAGCUGAGGGCAAGUAUCGAGCUCUGGAAGCUUCCUGGCUUGUCUGUCUGCCUGCCCAGACCAGCUUUGCUAACAGUGGCUGGGCAGGCAGAAAUGCUGGAGUUACUUCCCUGGAGAUGAGGUCCUGGCUAAGAAAGCUGGAGGUGUUACAGACACUGAACAGCCAGACAGGAGGAUCCCAUCCCCCCUCUCAGCAAGAGCAGGGUGGGAUCUUUUUUCAGAUGCAAACCUUGGGAAAGACCUUUGCUAACCAGACCCUGUCUUUUCUUUCCUCCAAGUGGGAGACUUGGAUGAAAAUGGAGAUGGAGGAAAAGCUAAUAGAAGAUCAUAUCCUGGAACUGGAGACAGGCGUCACCUCCCGUGCCCCAGA